AUGGCGGACACACCGGCGGUGGUUGAAUACUCAAUGACGGAGGUCGCGACUCACACGACGAAGGAGAGCACAUGGUUGGUCAUCAAGGACAUGAACGACGGAGACACCCCCAAGGUUUACGACGUGUCGAGCUACCUGAACGACCACCCGGGGGGCGCGGAGGUGAUGAUGGAGGUGGCCGGGCAGGACGCGACUAACAUGUUCGAGGACAUCGGGCACUCCUCGGACGCAAGAACGGAGAUGAAGAAGUUUCAGAUAGGGCUGCUCAAGCUGACAGACGAGGAGAAGGCUAAGAUUGCGCAGGAGGCGGCGAAGAAGGCCGAGCGGGCGUCGCGACAAGGGGGAGGACUCAACCCCCUUGCGGUGUUGGUUUUGCUUUUGGCCAUCUCAGUCGGGUAUUACUACUCCAACCAAAGGUCGUGACCAGUGACGUCAUGACUUCCUUGCGCUCGGGUAAUUUGUUUUCGCCGGUGGGGUAAUUGCUCCUCCCCGCCCCUAGUAUCUAAACUUCCUAGAUGUCUCUCUCUAGCGAGAGCUUGAGAACGUGGGAGCGAACUAGAGUUUCUGGUUGCGACACCGCGAACGGCAGCUAAAUAGGUGCUUGCCGGGCGCUGUGCCUGCUUUCACGCUUUCACAUGGCGUUUCGACCGUUUUCUGAAGCCGAGACACGCUGAGGAGGGCGGGGCACACGGGUGCGAAUGUUCCCGUGACGAUUGAUUGGUCGAGCCUUUCCGACGUUGGUCGCGCUCUCGCCAGGGGUGGGAAAAGGAGGCGGACGGAACAUCGCCCUGGAAUAGAAUCGCGAGUCGGUGCAUGGUAGGGGUUCGUAAUCACAUUUCUGUUUACUU